AACCGUGUCGAUCGGGCCCAGGGGUGUUUCAUCGCACUAUUGAACCUGGCCAGGUUGGAUAGAAUAUAUUAACCUCGUCGUCUAUCGUCUAUUUAUCGAGUGACUAUUGUCUGUCUGUCUGUCUGCUGGCCGUCUAUAUAUCUACCAAGUGCUGGCCGCUUCACGGUAGAACAAAACCGCACGUCGACUCGCAUCUCAGCUAUCACUGCGCUUAACCUGCCGUCAGCGAAAGGAAUAAAUUAUCUUCAAGAGUGACAUCUGCUUACGCCUGCCCUGCCUGCUGCCGUCCUGUCAUCGCCUGACUUGACGCUGCCUUGGUCUUUCGCCUGCUCGUGGCUGCUUCUACUUCGCCGUGACCAGCUUUGUGAGACGCUGCCAGCCAAAUUUGACCGCGGCGGCUAUAACUAGUUGUUUACUAGACGGCGGGCUGUACCGCCCUAUAUCCCAGAUCUAUAACCAGAUAUCCCCGGCCUAGGCGGCUGUACGAUCUAUAAGAUGGCGCCGGGGAAGAGCAAGAAGUCGAAGAAGGCCUCCAUCGUGCCCCUGCAGCCUCCUCCUCCUCCUCCUCCGCCGCCGGCGGUGUCAGGCUCGUCGCUGGACUUCUCCUAUGCCAUCCCAGAAGCCGAGCUGGCGCCAGACCACCACGGCUACAGCAUAUUCAACGAGCCCCUGGAUGCGCCGUACGAGGAGGACAAGGAGUUUGCUGCCUCGUCUUCCUCUGCCGCUGCCCGGCGACGAGCGGCCAGCAGAGCAAGCGAGCCCGCCGUCGCUCUCCCGGCCACCGCUGCGCCCAUAUCUACUUCAAUACCCGCUGCCUCGAUACCAACAUCUAUACCCGCGCCACCACCUAUAUCUACGUCUGCAGCUCCCAUAGAGCCGGCAGCAGCAGUCUUCUCAUACCUCGAUCACCCGCUGGACGAGCAGAUGCAGAUGAAGCCCCCGUCGUUGCAUUCUAGAAAGGCCUCCGAACCCGUCCUGCCCAGGGCUCCGCGGCCAAAGGACCAUACCCGCAAGGCCAGUCUCUCCCAGCUGCUCAGGACGGUCUCGGGAGGAUCUUCUUCUACGGCCAAGGAUAAAGAAAAGGACAAAGAAAGAGACCUCAGCCCGAGCCGGUCGUCGUCGGCGUCAAAGGAGUCUGAAUAUCAGCCCAUCACUCCUCCAGACAUGCUGUUCGACCCUAUCAACCUCAACAUCCCGGGGACCAAGGGCAUGUCAAAGUCCCAUAUGGCCGGCUCUUACAUGACGGACUCAGAGAGCCUGCUCGAGGGGCCUACUUCCGCUGCUCCGGCCUUCAUGAGCUUCUCUCACCCGGAAUCUUUCUACAUGCCAAAGAGCAUGCUCUCAUACUCCAUGGCUCCCCCACCUCCCACCAAGCAGCAGCAACAGCAGCAGCAGCAGCAUUCUGAUAGAGCGCCGGCAACUGAAGCCUCCAGACGACGCUCCCAGGUCUCAGUUCCCGAACAGUUUGAAUGGGCUACUACACCCGAGACACCCCACCAUGUAUACCGCAAGUUCGAGCGGCUGAACCACCGUGUGCUGCGGCAUUUGCAGGAGGAGAUAGCCCAGUUAGAAGACGAUCUGCUCACCAUUGAUGAUAUCGAGGCUGCCCGGGCUGGUGCUUCGGGUUCUCGUGCUUCUUCACGGCAGAAACAGCUGGCUGCGAAGUACCGCGACCAGAUACAGGACCACUCUGUCCUUCGGAAUAAACGGACAGACCUUCUCGACAAGGUCAUUCUCAAGACCGACCAAUACAAUCGGGCUCUGUGCUCUUUUUCCAAAGUGAUCAAGAAUCUCCCAGCUGCAUCAGACGAUGAUAUCGAUGCAUACAGGGCCUUCCUACGCUCGCCUGCAGGCGCAUCUACCAAGAGCGAGAGAAAACUACUAGACCAGCGAUCCGACCUGGUUACCAUGGCCCCUCGCCCUGCCAGCGCACUGCAUUCGAACCCCCUCUAUUCCACCGUGGCUGCUAUAUUCGCCGCCAUCCUCUUCCCCUUGCUCGCCUUCGGAGCCAUCACCGAAUUCUUCGGACGUAUUGUCGUCGUCUCCUUUGUCGCGGGUUCGUUUGCCUGGUGGGCGUCAAACGGACCUCCAGGCCAUGACUAUCUCAUUGAGCCACAGGAUGGCUGGAAGUGCGCUGUCAUUUACUUCGGCUUCAUGACUAUCGCAGCACUCCUGCUUUGA